GCGCUUCCGCGUGCGUGUAGGUGCUGGGUAGGGCGGGCGGCGACCUGGGCAUGGAGGAUGAGUUGGCUCCUGCUGCAGCUGGCGGUGCUCGGCGUGGCGCUGGCGGCCGCAGCCCUGAUUCUGAUUUCCUUUGUUGCAUUUAUAACUGCUACGAAAAUGCCACACCUCCAUCAACAUGAAGAAGAGAGGUUCUUCUUAAAUGCCAGAGGACAGAAGGAAACAUUGCCCAGCAUCUGGGACUCACCUACCAAACGGCUCUCUGUUGUCGUGCCUUCAUACAAUGAAGAAAAACGGUUGCCUGUAAUGAUGGAUGAAGCUCUGGGCUAUCUAGAGGAGAGACAGAAGCAAGAUCCUACAUUCGCUUAUGAGGUGAUAGUGGUUGAUGAUGGCAGCAAAGACCAGACUUCAAAGGUAGCUUUUAAAUACUGCCAGAACUACGGAAGUGACAAGGUACGAGUGAUAACGCUGGUGAAGAAUCGUGGGAAAGGCGGAGCUAUUAGGAUGGGUAUAUUCAGUUCUCGAGGAGAAAAGAUCCUGAUGGCAGAUGCUGAUGGAGCCACAAAGUUUCCAGAUGUUGAGAAAUUAGAAAAGGGACUGAAUGAUCUACAGCCUUGGCCCGAACAAAUGGCUAUUGCAUGUGGAUCUCGAGCUCAUUUGGAAAAAGAAUCAAUUGCUCAGCGUUCUUACUUCCGUACUCUGCUCAUGUAUGGGUUCCACUUUCUGGUGUGGUUCCUUUGUGUCAAAGGAAUCAGAGACACACAGUGUGGGUUCAAAUUAUUUACACGAGAAGCAGCUUCACGGACGUUCUCAUCUCUACACAUUGAACGAUGGGCAUUUGAUGUAGAAUUACUUUACAUAGCACAGUUCUUUAAAAUUCCAAUAGCAGAAAUUGCUGUCAACUGGACUGAAAUUGAAGGUUCUAAAUUAGUUCCAUUUUGGAGCUGGCUACAAAUGGGCAAGGACCUACUUUUUAUACGACUUCGAUAUUUGACUGGUGCCUGGAAGCUUGAACAAACCAAGAAGAAGAAUUAGGUUAUUUGCCAUCUUUGUAUCCUUAUGUAUCAGUGUCACACAUUUCAUUUGAAAUUAAAAUUUUAAGUAAACCUA